UAAAGUAGUUGUCGACAGAAAAUAAAGUAUCAUUCAAUUUCUUGUCAUUUCUCAUGUAAAAACCCACAGUAAUAGACAGCGUAAAGCAUCCAUCUUUUAAUUAAUUCAUUAAUUUGUUAUACGUUUCCUAAUAUAAUUUAGAGUAGAAGAUACAAGAGGUUUCCUAUGGUCAAGUUGAUCUUAUGAAUGUGAACUAAACAAUCACUUGAGGCCUACCGCUGGCGCUGCGUAUGGCGUUCUACCGGCAAGUCCUCGAGUACAACUAAACAAGUAGAACUCAUUCGAAUAGCAGCUUCAAAAGCAGUGCACUUGUAUGCAACAAUUUUUUUGUCACGACAUACGGUGAAAGUUGGUGCUGAUAAGUGACGUUCCAUUUUCCUUUUCAUUGGUUAGAUAAAUUCUAUACUUUGAUUUCGGUUUUACGUUUUGAUGCACAUCACAGACAUCGUCAGAUCAGAUUAGAUUUCUACAGAUUACUAAUUAGAAGGUCCAGUGCGAAGAUCUAAAUCAUUUUGAAAGUCGCAAUCGUCUGUGUUCGAGCUUCACAGUGCAGCUAACAUUCACAUGUGCAGCAUGAGGGAGCUAAAGGUGGCCGUUGUGUGCUCAAGCAAUCAGAAUCGCAGCAUGGAGGCGCACAGUUUUCUGAGCAAACGCGGCUACAACGUUAGUUCGUUCGGCACGGGCACGAGCGUGAAGCUGCCCGGCGCAUCGCCCGAUAAGCCGAACAUCUACGACUUUGGCACGACGUACGAGGCGAUGCACGAAGACCUCAUGCGCAAAGACCGCACGCUCUACACGCAGAACGGCAUUCUGCACAUGAUCGACCGCAACCGGCGCAUCAAGCCGAAGCCGGAGCGCUUCCAGCAGUGCGAGGUGCGCUUCGACGUCGUGUUCUCGUGCGAGGAGCGCGUCUUCGACCAGUGCGUCGCCGAGCUGCAGCAGCGCGACGUCGAGGACAAUCAGCCGGUGCACAUCGUCAACAUCGACAUCCAGGACAACCACGAGGAGGCGACGAUCGGCGCGUUUCUCAUCUGCGAACUGUGCCAGCUGAUGCAGGAGUGCGACGACCUCGACAACGAGAUUGAUGAGCUGCUGCAAGACUUUGAGAGCCGCUGCGAUCGCACGAUACUUCACACCGUCUGCUUUUACUGACGACGAUGCGAUACAGUGACACGAUGUAGUAAAUCGCUGCGGUACAAUGUGGCACACUGUCCGCUUCCACUAAUAACAUGAUGCGGUGACACGAUGUAGUAAAUCGCUGCGGUACAAUGUGGCACACUGUCCACUUCCACUAAUAACAUGAUGCGGUGACACGAUGAAGUAAAU